GUGAAGAUGCGCAUGUGCAGUGGCGUCGUAGUCCAAAAGACCUCACCGGAAACAUUUCCAAGGCCCUGCCUCCCUCGGGAGAGAAGCUCGGGCCCCGACUCCCUCGGGAGAGAAGCUCGGCCCCCGAUUCCCUCGGGAGAGAAGCUCAGCUCCUGACUUGCUCAGGAAGAAGCUCGGGCUCUGACUCCCUCAGGGAAAAAGCUCGGCCCCCGACUCCCUCCGGAGAGAAGCUCGGUCCCUCUGACUCCCUUGGGAGAGAAGCCCGGCCCUCUACUCCCUCGGGAGAGAAGCCCGGUUCCCUGACUCCCUCGGGAGAGAAGCUCGGUCCCUCUGACUCCCUCGAGAGAGAAGCUCGAUCCCCCCAACUCCCUCGGGAGAGAAGUGGCUACCCGACUCCCUCGGACGAGAAGCCUGGCCCCCGACUUCCUCAGAAGAGAAGUCUGGCCCCCGACUCCCUCGAGACAGAAGCCCGGCCCCCCGACUCCCAUCGGAGAGAAGCCCGGCUCCCUGUGGCACUCGGUGGUCCCGGGAGCCAGAUGAUGCCCAGCGCCCUGGCCCCGCUGCUACAGGCUCAUCUCCGACCUCCCCUCUGCAAGCUAGAGGAGGAGGAGGAGGAAGAAGAGGAGGAUGUCCCCCGGGGGCCGGAGCCCGCACCCCGAGGAGACCCCGGCAACGUCGAGACCUUCCGCCAGGGCUUCAGGCAGCUCCGCUACCAGGAGGCGGGCGGGCCCCGGGAGGCCCUGGGCCGGCUCCGGGAGCUGUGCCGUCGGUGGCUGCGGCCGGACCGGCACACCAAGGAGCAGAUCCUGGAGCUGCUGGUGCUGGAGCAGUUCCUCACCGUCCUGCCCGCCGACAUCCAGGCCUGGGUGCGGGAGCGGCGGCCGGAGAGCGGCGAGGAGGCCGUGGCCCUGGUGGAGGGGCUGCAGCGGGAGCCCGAAAGACUGAUCCGAUGGGUCACGGUCCAGGUGCACGGGCAGGAAGUCCUGGAGAAGAAGGAGUCCCCGGGCGACCCCGCGGGACCCCAGCCGGAGGGAGGGCCCCAGGAGGAGGGGGCUUGGAGCCCGCAACCGGAAUCCCAGGAGCUGCUGAGCUGGAGGAUCAAGGAGGAGCCUGAGUCCCCUCAGGAGAGCGAACUGCCCGUCCCUCAGCCGCCCGGCAAUCCACCCGAAAGGAGCUCCAGAGUCCGGUCGGCGGCGCCCGCGGCCUCUGGACCCCUCCCAGCCCGGUCCCAGGCCCGCGACACACCGGUUCGGACUCUGCGACGCCAGACCCGAAAGAAACGAAGAGCAAUCACCAUGGAAACCAAAAUGGAGAUAAUCAAGCGGGCGGAAACGGGCGAGACACCCACCCAGAUCGGCCGAGCCCUGGACAUCCCGCGGACGACCAUCAUCACCAUCCUGAAAGACAAAGUGCGCAUCCAGGAGUACGUCCGGGGCUCGGCCCCCAUGCAGUCCACCGUGAUCACCAAGCAGCGCGUGGGGCUCAUCGCCCAGGUGGAGAAGCUGCUGGUGGUCUGGCUGGAGGACCAGAACCGGGGCCGGACCCCCGUGAGCCUGGGGGCCAUCCGCGACAAGGCCCGCAGCCUCUACCACCAGCUCAAGGCCGAGCAGGGGGACGGCGCCACCGCCGAGCCCUUCAACGCCAGCCGUGGCUGGUUCGUGCGCUUCAAGGCCCGGGCCAACCUGCGCAACGUCAAAGUGUUGGGCUGAGCGUGUGGGAGCGAACGGUGGGGGUGAGGCGGCGCCGGGCCGGUCUCUGGGGGGCCGGGGUCUCCCGGCGGGGGGGAGGAGACGGCCGCCCGAAGGCCGACGGUACCGCGGACGGGAAGUCCGGAGCCGCCCGAGGGCCCUUUCGCUCUCCUGUGGUUCCGACCCGCUGCAGGUGACUUAAAACUUCAGCCGCUGCCCCGGUGCCAUCCAGAAACCCCCAGACCCUUCCCCGACCCCUCCCGCCGAUGGCCUGCAGGACGUGGAAACCCCAUCCGGAGGCGGGGGCCGAAGACGUUUUCUGAGGACCGGUUUGCUCAUCAUUCUAAGCCUCUCGGAUAAAAGUGGCUUUGGCUUUGAAAUUCUCGCCUGGCCUCAGCGGUGGCCCUGGCUCUCCCUGCCAUCCUUGGGGUGAUCUGAGCCGUGAUCCCCGCCAACCACAAUUCCUUGGAACCCACCGCUCGGGGGAGGAAUUACAUCUUUCAAGGUCUCCUGUCUUUGACGCGUUUGUCCAGGUCAUUAAGGAAACCAAGAAGGGAGGUGGAUCAACUCUGAAUGAAUUCUGGAAGGGUUACAGCCUUUACCGUAAUAAUAAUAAUAAUGGUAAUAAUUUUGGUAUAUUGUAAGCACUUACAAGCACCAUCCUGAGCUCCGGGGUGGAUGCAAGUUAGGUCGGACGCAGUCACAGUCUAAUUGAACUUCCAUUUCAACUGAUGAGGAAACCAAGGUGAAGUGACCUGCCCAAGGUUAUGGAGGAGGAAUUAGAACCCAGGUCCUCUGACUCCCAGGCCCUUUCCACUAGGCCCCCUGCCAAGAUGAACGUUGGUGAGGAGUUCUGGGAAGGGAAAGAAUCAAAUGGGACUGGCCUUGGAAGGAAUUGGGGUCGUGGAAGGAAACGGGCCGGUGACUGACUGGUGGUUCUCUACAGACCCCGUCGAAAAGGAAACGAAAAGCGCCGUGGAGAUGGGAGGACUGGAAGGCGGUGAGGGGUUAAUGGGCGAGGACCUUGAUGAAGGAAGGUAGUGGCCAUGUGGCCUUCCUCCCAGAGUCGGAGGAAGCUUUCUUUAAGGAAGCCGGCCACACCCCAGAAAAACCAAAGAACCAAAGAAUAAAGGGAUUGAAAGAUUAAAAUAUGUGUGGGCCGCUUUGUAGAUCAUUUGUAGGCAGGUAAUGCACAUUGUACAACACUGUCCUGUAUUUUUUUGUGUGUGUGUCCAAGGGAUCACUAUGUGCCCGAGGGCACAACUGAACCUCCCUUGGAAUCUAUCUCCAACCUACUCACUGCACCUCAAUCUCAUCUCUCUCACCCCCAACCCCUCCCCCACGUCCUGCCUCUGACCUGGAACUCCCUUCCCUUCCAUAUAUGACAGACCACCACUCCCCACCUUCAAAACCUUAUUCAAAUCCCAUCUCCAAGAGGGAGAUUGAGCCAGAUUAAGCCUUCUUUCCCCCUACUCCGUCUCCCUUCGGCUCACCUAGGCAUUUGAAUCUGCACCCAUUUAAGCCCUUGGUAGUCACCCUACACUCAGCCCCACAGCACUUAUGUACUCACAUAUAUGAUUUAUUUAUAUUCACGCCUGGCCCUCUGUCGACGAUAAGCUUGUUGUGAACAGGGAACGUAUCAACUCGAUUGCAUCGGGUGUCUCCCUAGCCCCUAGUACAGCACCCUUAAGUGCUCAAUAAAUAACACUGAUGGAUCGAUUUCCCAAGAUUCCAAAGGCCCCUUUCAGCUCUUUCAACCCAGACUUAACUUUGCCCAGACCCCAAUUUGUGUCUCAUCAAUCAAUGGUGAUUGAUUUCUGAGUGGGCCAGGGACUAUGUCCAAUCCGGUUGUCUCAAACCUAACCCCGAACGCUACACUUUGAACCACGAGCGCGUACCAAUACCUUCGUUGUUCUAAUUAACGAUAAUAAGUACCUUUGUGGUUCUCCUUUGUAACAAUAAUAAAAUAAGAAAGCAACACAGAGAAGCCUUUAA